CCUCACCUUUCUCCGCUCCAUCUUUUGAGCAAUGCUCAAUUUCUCCAACAGGCCUGCGGCCGCCAUGCGCGCGCUGCAGCGCAUGGCCGCCGGUAUGGCCACUGCUGCUCCCCGAAUCGGUGAUACCAAAGUUGCCAUGUCGCUGCUCGAGAAGGGCGCCUUCAUCAACUACCAGCGCAUCGAGGAUAACUUGGCUAUCGUGCGCGAGAGGCUGCGCCGUCCAUUGACGCUAUCGGAGAAGAUUCUCUACGGCCAUUUGGACGACCCUCACGGGCAGGAUAUCGAGCGAGGUGUGAGCUACCUCAAGCUUCGUCCCGACCGUGUUGCCUGCCAGGAUGCCACCGCUCAGAUGGCCCUGCUGCAAUUCAUGUCUGCCGGCAUGCCUACGGCAGCGGUCCCGACCACCGUGCACUGUGACCACCUUAUCGAGGCGCAGGUUGGCGGCGUUAAGGAUUUGCAGCGCGCCAUCAACAUCAACAAGGAGGUCUAUGACUUCCUUGCUACGGCUACUGCCAAAUACGGUCUCGGUUUCUGGAAACCCGGUUCUGGUAUCAUUCACCAAAUCAUUCUCGAAAACUACGCUUUCCCCGGUGGACUUAUGAUCGGCACGGACUCGCACACCCCGAACGCAGGUGGUCUCGGCAUGAUCGCGUGCGGUGUUGGAGGCGCCGACGCAGUCGACGUGAUGGCGGACAUUCCUUGGGAACUCAAGUGCCCCAAGGUUAUCGGUGUUAACCUUACUGGCAAGAUCGGCGGCUGGACUACUCCUAAGGAUGUCAUUCUCAAGGUGGCUGGAAUCCUCACGGUCAAGGGUGGCACUGGUGCUAUCGUCGAAUACAUGGGUCCUGGUGUCGAGUCGCUCUCGUGCACGGGUAUGGCUACUAUCUGCAACAUGGGUGCUGAGAUUGGUGCAACCACCUCGAUGUUCCCCUUCAACAGCCGGAUGGCCGACUACCUCAAGGCAACCAACCGCCAGGAAAUCGCUGCUUACGCUGAACAGUUCGCCCACAACCUCAAGGCUGAUGAGGGUGCCCAGUACGACCAGGUCAUCGACAUCAACCUUUCCGAGCUGGAGCCGCACAUCAACGGACCCUUCACUCCUGAUUUGGCCACCCCCAUUUCUCAGUUCGCUUCCGAAGUCAAGAAGAACGGAUGGCCGGAAGAGAUGAAGGUUGGCUUGAUUGGUUCCUGCACCAACUCUUCGUAUGAGGAUAUGUCCCGCUCGGCUGCUAUUGCCAAGGAGGCCGCCUCGCACGGAUUGACGAUGAAGAGCAAGUUCACGGUUACCCCUGGAUCUGAGCAAGUUCGGGCCACUAUCGCACGUGACGGACAGAUCGGCAUCUUCGAGGAAGUCGGUGGUAUCGUUCUCGCUAACGCGUGUGGACCUUGCAUUGGCCAGUGGGACCGUCAGGAUGUGCCCAAGGGCGAGAAGAACUCGAUCAUCACUUCGUACAACCGUAACUUCACUGGACGUAACGACGCCAACCCGGCCACCCAUGCCUUUGUUGCCUCGCCCGACAUCGUUACCGCCAUGGCCUUCGCUGGUGACCUCACCUUCAACCCGCUCACCGAUACCCUGAAAGACUCUGAGGGCAAGCCCUUCAAGUUCUCCGACCCGACUGGCCACGAGCUCCCUCCCCGCGGAUACGACCCUGGCGAGAACACUUUCCAGGCACCGCCUGAGGACCGUGCUUCCGUCCAGGUUGCCGUUGACCCGAAGAGCGACCGCCUGCAGCUCUUGAAGCCCUUCACUCCUUUCACUGGCGAACCCAAGGAUUUGCCCAUUCUUAUCAAGGUCAAGGGCAAGUGCACUACCGACCACAUCAGUGCUGGUGGACCCUGGCUCAAGUACCGUGGCCACCUCGAGAACAUCUCCCAGAACUGCCUGAUCGGUGCCAUCAACGCUGAGAACGGCGAGGCCAACAAGGUCAAGAACCAGUUCACUGGCGAGUUUGGCGGUGUUCCCCAGGUCGCUGCCGAGUACCGCGAGAAGGGCGUCAAGUGGGUCGUCAUUGGUGACUCCAACUACGGCGAGGGUUCGUCUCGGGAGCACGCUGCGCUCGAGCCCCGUUUCUUGGGUGGAUUGGCCAUUAUCGUCCGGUCGUUUGCUCGCAUCCACGAGACGAACUUGAAAAAGCAGGGCAUGCUCGCCUUGACGUUUGCUGAUCCGGCAGACUAUGAUAAAGUGCAGCCCACUGACCGUGUGGACAUCGUUGGCUUGGAGUCGUUCGCUCCGGGCAAGAACCUGACGCUUGUUGCCAAGCAUGCUGAUGGAUCAUCCGACGAGAUUGCCCUUGCUCACUCUUUCAACGAGGGCCAGAUCGCCUGGUUCCGUGCUGGCUCUGCACUCAACUUGAUGGCUGCUAAGGCUAAGGGAAACUAGAUUAAAGUGUCGAUUUGUUUUUAUUCCAUUUCACUUUUUCAUCCAAACCUGUAAUGACGAAAGGAGCAAUAAUGAAACAUUC